GUGGCCGGCAAUGAUGGGUCAUUGCCUCCCCAGCCGUGUGAUAACACUGCCUGGCGCAUGAAACACGAGCGAAAAAAUGGACCUUCGCCACGGAGUUCGCUCAACAUCCAGUUUGCCGCGCUCAGGAGGCCAUGCCCUGCCAGCCUUUCAACAGGCCGAAGUCCUGGACUCCGACGAGUAUUUUCGCGUGGUGAUUCGGGUGCGUCCACCCUUGGAUCGCGAGUUGGCAUCGCCUGUGUGGCAGCAUGUGGUGUCCGUGCCCGGAUCUACACAGAUUUGUUUGUACGAGACGGUGCCGGAGAUGAACGCCGCGGAUCGCGCCAGCGGCACGAGGAACACAGUGGUCAACACGCACAGUUUCUCGUUCGACCACGUGUAUGAUCAAAACGCCUCGCAGCCAACCGUCUACGAGAGCACUGCACGCACAUCCGUGAUGUCGGCCCUGGAGGGCUACAAUGCCACCAUCGUGGCCUACGGCCCUACGAGUACAGGUAAGACGUACACCAUGGAAGGCGGUCUCAAGGCCAUGAUGGAGGAUUCUCGCGGCAUCAUUCCACGCUCCAUGGAGGAGAUCUUUGAGCACAUUCGAGGCGCUCGGAAUGAAGCGGCGACCUUCCAGGUUCGCGCGUCAUAUCUCCAGAUCUACAACGAGGUGAUUUCGGAUUUGCUGAAGCCGGACCGAUCGCACCUAAUGAUCCGUGAAGACAAACGCCGUGGAGUCUUUGUGGAGGGCCUCUCAGAAUGGUUGUGCCGAAGCGCUGACGAGGUGCAGACCUUGAUGGAACAUGGUUCCACGGCCCGUGCCACCGCGCAGACGGGCCACAACGAUACCUCAAGUCGAUCUCAUGCAGUGUUUAUCAUUGUCGUGGAGCGCCACUCCGGCAGUCAGGGGCGGCAGAGUCUCACAGGGCGCCUGAACCUGGUGGACCUUGCCGGCUCCGAGCGGCCAAGGCUUACAGGACGCCGCGGGAGUUCAGAGGAGUUGACCACGGGUGAUUUUGGUGCUUCGGCUGGUGCGACCGGGCAACGCUUGGAGGAAACCAAGAAGAUCAAUCAGAGUCUGUCGGCUCUGGGUAAUGUGAUUUCUGCCUUGACCGAACGAAGAGCAAGAUCUCACGUACCCUAUCGGGAUUCCAAGUUGACCCGACUGCUGGAAGACUCCCUGGGAGGAAACUGCCGCACGACCAUGAUGGCCAUGGUGAGCCCGGCUGCAGAGGCCUUCGCUGAGUCGCUGAGCACCUUGAAAUUCGCGCAACGCGCCAAGGGCGUCGUCGUCACCCCACAGGUCAAUGAGGAUGUAGAUCCCCGGAUGAUGGCGAACAGGUACGAGGCGGAGAUUCGUCGCCUGCGUAGCGAGUUGGCGGAGCAGGCUUCGGCGCGGAACGGCGCCAGGACACCAGACGCGGGGCCAAAGAUCGAUGGUGAGGCACUUUAUUCCCGCAGCCUGAGUGACUUUUCAGGUGGAAGAGCUGGAAGUUCCAAAAUUCCCGUGGAAGAGGCCCCCGCGGGCCGCUACAAACAGCUCCUUCUGAAACAGCGAGACAUCAUGAUUACGCUGACGCAGCGGCUCCAUGAGCGAGAUGAAACCAUCAUUUCGCUUCAGGCUGAGCUGGAUAGCCGAGACCAGCGGGAACGUGAGCUUCAGGAGCGCUUGGAACGGCAAGCGGUGCGGCUGGCAGCUGCCGAGAAAGCGCUACAGGCGUCGUCCAAGGCAAACAUGGUCAACAUGUCAGGAGGCAGUUGGAGUUCCAGCCCAGCCAGGCGAAAUGAAGAGGCGGAACUCAAACACUUGCCCCGAUACUUGCCUGAGAGUCGUGUGGACGUUCCGAACGACCAGCGCGGCAUUGGGAUGUCAUCUCCCAGCUCGGAAGUGGGUGUGGCAAGGUAUGGUCAGAGACUGCUGAGCGCCGACGACAAGGUUUUAGAACUCACAUCGCUGCUGGAGACCCAAAGGCAAGAGAACCACAGGAUCAGGUUGGAGUUGGAAGCCCUGCAACCACCAGCUGCGUCGCUGGCGGCCGCCAUGGCUUGUAGCUUCAGCCGAGACGUGCGCGAUCCUGCCAGCUGGGCGGAUGCAGAAGUUCGCAGUUUGAGGGCAGGACGGUCGCAAGGGGCGGCCACGCCCACCCGUCCCUUUCGAUGAGGAUUCCACGUCCGGUCGUCCCGUCACGGGCACCGAGCGCUGCCGAACUCGGCGAUUCAACCGAGUUCAACCAUGGUUUUUUGAUCGGUGGGAUUCAUGGACAUCAAGG